GGGUAAUAAAGUAAAUGAAAUAUUUGUUCAUUAUCUGGUAAUAAGGACAGACAGAGAGUCUCAGGCAAGAGAGAGAGCCACUCUAUUACUUUGGAUAUCUGAGAAUGGCUGCAUCUCUGAUAACUCCUAGUCCGAACGCGAAUAAAAAUGUUUUCUUCUGUACUAGUUUUUGUAAUGGGAAAUUCUAUAAUUUUGGCAGCUGUGCCUCUUUAAUCCCUACCUCGAGGCCCAAUUCCCAUUUCUUCAGGGUUAGAGCUAUCAAAGAGAAUACAGAGGAAAUUAAGGCACCAUAUUCAGAUCCUUCCCCAGCUGAUGAAAUUACAAAGAAGUAUGGCCUUGAAGCUGGCCUUUGGAAGAUAUUUAUCUCAAAAGAGGAAAGCAAUGAAGAGAACAAGGGGGAAAAGUCAAAGGGGGAUCAAGCCAAGGAGCUAUUGGCAAAAUAUGGAGGAGCAUACCUUGUCACCUCAAUUACUCUGUCCUUAAUCUCCUUCGCACUCUGUUAUGCUCUAAUCAGUGCCGGUGUGGAUGUCCCAGCAUUACUGCAGAAGGUAGGAAUAAACACUAAUGAGACUGGAGAGAAAGUAGGCACUUUUGCAUUGGCAUAUGCUGCACAUAAGGCUGCAUCUCCAAUAAGAUUUCCUCCUACUGUAGCUCUUACUCCCAUUGUUGCUGGUUGGAUUGGAAAGAAAGUUGAUAAAGGCCAAUAAUUUGCAUGAUAUCUCGUGACCAUGCUUCAUAUGUAAUAGUCACAUUUCCUUUUGAAAUACGAAGGAGUUUUCUCAAAAACAUGAUUUGUUUCCUCACCUAAAGAUCAAUGGCAAGUGCCCAUCUGCCCAAACAAAACAUCGCGAGUUUGAGUAAGAGAAUCAAUCUCAACAUAAUUCUAUGGUCAUGAUGCAUCAAAGAUUAAGAUUUGUAAGUGUCAAGGAAUGGAGGAGUUCAAACUACAGAGGUUUAUCAAGAGUUCUCCGACGCACCUUUGAACUUUGGGCAAAGGUAAUAACCUAAAGAUCUAAAAACCUUUGGUUUAAUUUGGAUUUAGGAUGCUUAGGAU